AAAAUGAGCUUAUAUUAAACAAAAUUGAAUUAAACUUAGGGAUUACUUUAUUAAACAUUGACUUACUUAAAUUUCCGUUACGUUAAAUAUUCUAUUAAAUAUGUCCUUCUGGGAAUAUAUUUGAAACAUUUUCAUCAAAUGUCAUGAAUAUAUCGGAAAUGUUUUUAGAAUUACAUCAAAACUUUAUUUGCUGGAUACAUAUCCGACAAAUCAUGAGAUAAAUUUUGUGAAUUUUACGCAAAAGAUGUUACGGAUGAAUUUGAUGUUAAACAAUAAUAAAAUCCUUCUUUACCCGCAUUUCUUUUGGAUUUUUGCGGCGCAAAUUGAUCACUUCUCACUUAAAUAAUCGCUAAGCAUGCAAAUAUCAUUAGGAGAUAUCAAUUUAUUCGUCAAAUGUAUUAUAAAAAAAUUGCACACACAGGAUGCAAAAUCAUGCAAAAAUAAGAGACACCUAACGAAAAAUUUGUCUGUAAUGAUACAAAUGUUACUUGAUAAUAUUUACCUUCUCUUUGGUAUUAUUCGAACACGAGCCAUUUCGAACCAGCUAUACGCAAUGAGACAUUUGGAAUACUGUACGCCGAAUUUGUCCUUGCUUUUCAUAAUAACGGGGACUGUUUCCAUUGACUUUUAAUAACAAGUUUACGUCGCGCCGAGACGUGAUGAGCCGUUCAGGGAACACCGCCGUCCCGAUGUAUAUUUUCAUCGACAUUUAAUCCGGAAAAAGGUAUCGAUCGUAAGAAACGUGGAGGUAACUUUAAAUUGCGUUAGAUUACCGUUGAAGAAAUUACUUACUCUAAUCGGAUCUAUAUAACUAAUCGGAUUUAUCGUAAUCGAGUGACGCGUGAGCUUCGGACUUUAAAUGCUGGGGAGAAAAAUUCUUUCUUGCGACAUCCCAACAAAAGCGUUGCAGACAGAACAGAAACUGAGGAAUUAAGGGUAUUUGAGUCAAGUAAACUCGGAUAAAGUGUCUUUAUUCAGGACGAGCUUUUCUCGAAUAUUUUGGAGAAACAUCUUGCAAUCUUUCAAAAUAUUUUGGCAUAAAUUAUGCAUAAAAUAUGCAUAUAUUGCUACUAAUAAUGUGUAGUAACAACACGGUAUAAAAAUAACGGAAUUAACGAUACACUAUCGAUUAUAUAUUGCGCAACAUUUUUUUACAAAUUCUCUACAACUUCAAAUCAAGCACCGAACAUCUUGUGCUUGAUAUCUCCAUCAUUCACAUCCACUCGAAACCCAAAUUUUCAAGUAUAAUUUUUCUCUCUAUCGCAAACACAGUUAUGGCGAAAAUAGCAUAAUGCGUUGAUGACGAGGGAGGAUAAGCGGCGCCGACCACUGCAGCUAAAAUCUGAAUUCGCGAAAGCAAAUCAAUGAUUUAACCUGUGAUACCAAUGAUUAAUCUACCCUGCAACGCACCCUCGAUGUCACAAGUCACGCCAUGUCAGAACGUACCUGUGCAGACGAGUCAGUAUAAUUUUCCGACAUGUCAACAACGGCAGACUAGCACCCAGCAGAUGCAAACUGCAGCGUGCGGCCCCGGAGUUUCUCAAGGUACGAAGUCGGUUCCGGAUACUUGCGUCGUAACGCACCAGUAUACACCGGGUACGUCACAGCCGAUAGCAAACCCGUGCCACCCCGUCUUCCAGGGCAUCCCGUGCAACCCCGCGCCGGCUCACCCCAGCUGCGGUCAACUGCCGCAAAACGUUUUAGAUCAGAUUCGUGCGUGCGUCAGCAACGCUGCGCCCAUCUUCAUUCUGCCCGGUGGUUGUCAGCAAUCGUCUCAGCAGCAGCAACCACCCGCGUCCAUGCUCGUUUCGCCACAGGCGAUGGCUCCACCCGCACCUCCGACGACGGCGUAUCCACCGAGCGGAUUAACUUACCCCGCUGCUUGUUACCCGCCACCGCCGUCGUUUUAUCCGUAUCCCGUACCUCUGCCGUUCUGCGAUUCCUUCAUCCGCCGAGGGACAGCGCGGGAGGAUUGCGGAUGCUGCCGGAAACGAGACGUCGAGCCGCCGGAGAUGAGGAGCAUCGUGCGUGCCGGCUGUUACGACGCCGAGAUGGUAGACGGCCAUCGUUGCACACCCACCACCGACGACACCAUCUGCUCGAAGAGAAGCUGCCCGUCCUCGUUGCACCUGCAGGCGCUGGCGUCCCAGUUCCUGUCGAUGCAGGGUAUCAUAUCAUGUGCCGCUACGCGGCUGGUACUCCGUAAAGUGCCCGGAUCGAACGUGACCACCACCAUGGAGGACACGAUGGCGAAAGCACAGAAGGCGAUGAGUGCCUUGACGAAGGAUCAGCUGCUGACCGAGUCGAGGAACGCGCAGCAGGUGAACGCGCUGAUCAACUUACACAUGACGGCCAACCCGCCGCCCAACAUCAUCCCUAUCCUUACGCUGGUGCAGCUGAAGAUAAAUCUGCUGAAGGCGCAGGUCGAGGGACUCGUCAACCAGAAGUUAAUGGAGAUACAGGGCGUUGGUGUGGAGGUGGAGACCGAUCUCAUCGACCCUACAGUGCUCGCCCUGAAAUCCGACGCCGAGCUGCGAGACUUCCUGUCAGUGCUGCGGCAGAAGGAGUGCGACGAGCGGGUGAACGUGAAUUUCGCUCCUUAUCGGUCGCAGCGUGCGAUUGCGGAAACUCGGCUGAGAAAUGUCCAGAACAAGAUUCGCCAAGUGGAGGCUGAGUUCGACCGCAGGCGGUGCGCGAUGCUGCCGGCGCCGACGUUGUCGUCGCGCAUCGUGCAACAGUUCUCCAGACCAUGUUACUCGGCGAGAUUCGAGGAUCCCAGGAGAUUGUACAGCACGAUACCACCGGACGUGCCCCGAUCACCCGAUCCGUUCACCUGCAUGAAACCACGGAGUCCCAAGCGGCUGUUGCUGAAGCCGCGCGCGUGUAAUCCCGAAACUUCCGCGCGAACCGCUCCACCGGUAGGCGUGCGUUCUAAUCCACCAAAUCCUCCAAAAACCACCGUGGACGAUGGUAGCCGCGCGAAGGAAACGUCCACAACGUCUGCACAAACUGCACCCGAGCGACAAAGCUCCAACACGGACACCUGCGCCUGCUGCUGCGACAGAACGACAUCGGAGGAGAGCGUUGACGAGGCUAAAAAAAAACUCCGACCAAGGAUCGCUCAGGUAGACGCAGCGAUGAUGAGUAACGCCGAGGAACCAGGAUCUGAAGCGUUUCUGACGUCGAACGUCUGCGUGAGGAUUGCCACGGAGAGACGUGAGAUGGACAUGAACGUGCGAAAAUGCGGAGAAUGGGACGAGACGUCGGGCCAAGGAACUCCGUGCGAUGCCAAGCGCUGUAUAGCAUUCGUCAACGUCGCUGGCGUCGAAUCGGCGAGGAUCUUGGCGGAAUCCAAGAGCGACAUGAUUACACUUGGCGGAGGGAUCGAUGGAGACGUUUGCGAGUCGCGAAAUGUAACAGAGAUUUCAAGCAUCGAUCGCGCAUUGGCUCGGGAAGGAUCUGCAAGUUGGCCAAACUUGCGACGGUUGGAGGAAGAAGAGAUGGAAGCGAUUUCGAAAACAGAUGAAUCAACGCGCGAUGUUGAAAAUAGAGACUCGAGGCGAGGCGCCCCGCCAUCGGAAGUCGAGCAAGGGGUGUCGACAGCUAGGACCACCGCAAGAGUUGCAGACGACACAGUCUUGAGCGCGCAGGAAAAGCCAGUGGACGGCACCUCGUCACUGCAAAUUACGUUGAAAUCGGAGAAGGAAAAGUACGAACAGAAGGGUGAACGGAAAGAGAAAGAGAAUGGUGAAACUUCGCCGUUAAUCGCAGGUGAAGCAAAAGCGAUCAGCAAAGGCAAGAAGAAAACAAGAUUUCAGAUUGUUUCGCUGAUGAGAAACAUCGUAUACAAUAAAAAGCAUGAAUAUGGAAACAAACGGGAAAUCAGUAAUAAAAUAACGAAAAGUGAAGGGGAGAUGACCGAUCUGGACAUCGAAAAAUUAAAUAAACAUAGUUCGACAAAAAAUCUUCUAAAAAGUGCCGCGCAGGAUAUCACUAAAAAGAGUCAUCCGGACAGCAUGUUCCCGGAGAGAUUGGAUUUAUCCAAACUCUGCGUCGAUCGUCCAUGCCAAACUGUACUGAAACUCGCCGAAGAGGAUAAAAAAGCAUCCACUAUGUUGAGGACGAAUGUGUUUCCUCCAUUCAAGCAUCUGCGUAAAUUUGCGAUAGAUAAUGAGAAAAAACAGGACGACGUGGGAACUCGUUCGGGUCCGAUAACGAAAAUAGGAAUUAUGAUUGCAAAAUGUUCAUCUCACUGCAACGAUGUCACAGAAGAUACAUCAGGAACUCUCCGCAACAGCACGUCCGAUCAUCAUAGUUUUGGAUAUGAAGAGAGCUUCGUUUCAGAAAUAUUUUCUCUUAUCAGCAACAUGGUCACUUUCAUCAAUAAAAUUUUUACAUUGAACGGAAGGCUGCUGCGUGCGAGUGACAAUGCGAUGUUACGUAAAAGUUUGAAUACCGAUAUCUUGAGAAAAGAUGCUCCGAUGCACGAUGAUCCCCAAGUGAACUUAAAAGAUUAUGAUCCACUUGCUGGUACUUUGCAUUAUACUCUCGCCUCAAAGCAAGCAACUUCUCAAAGCAAACGUGAUUCUCGCGAUACAAACUUGUUAUCUCGGAUUUCCACGGGAGAAGGAUGUGGCAGGAUACAUAAAGUAAGACACUCGAUAAUUGAAGAUGUAGAAAGUGAUGCGCGAUAUUUGUUGAUCGGUACAUCCACUCAUAAUCAUGAUUUGACACGCAAUUUCGGAUAUCCGUACAAAGUCCAGAGAAAUCUUCUGUUAGUAAGUCGAUUGAAGAAUUCUGCAGAUUCGCGAGAUCAGCCGCAUCCUUUCUCUCUUGUGAAACGUACGAGAAAAGAAACGCAUAAAGAUGAUGAAGCAAAGCAUAAGAAAAGUAUUAGAAUGAUGGAAGGAAGAAAAGCAUCCAUAUUGAAGGAAAGAGAAAAAUUCGGGAUAUCGCUAGAAGCCAUAAAAGCAGAGGGAUAUGAUGGCAAUACGUCAGAAACGAAAAAGCGUGAUAAUGAAUUUAAGGAACAAUUCUCACGUGAGAGUUCGCACGAUAUUAUCGUGAGUAACGCAUCUGCUGCAGCGCAGGAACGUAGACUGAUUGAUAACUUUAUAGUCAACAAUGAACGCGUAACGAACGUUCACGAUUACUUUGGAUUACCUUUGGAAACCGAAAUAAAUGCAAAUGUAUAUAAAUUUACAAAAUUACAAAUAUACAAAAAAUCCACAGAGCACAUUCUUUUUAAUAUUUAGUAACUAAUAAAAAUCUGUCAUAAUAGUUCGAAUUAUCUUUCCGUUUUUCAUCUUUAUUCAAGCUUUCAAAGAUGAUCAGGAGCUAAUUUUCUUUUGUUAAUUUAUUUUAUUUAUUUAUUUUAAUAUGGUUUUAAUU